AUGGCGUUUUUCAAACUUUGUCAGGUAGAUAAUUUCGCUAAAACUCUAUUGUACUGUGAAGUACCUUCGUAUUACACUUUCAAUAAAUCCGAUGGUCGAUUUGUUAGAAGAAAAAGAGGUAAAUGUGUGACAGGUCACAUUGGAGUCUUCAGAGACCCUGCAAUUGGUAGGGUCUAUACUAUCCAUCCUCAAAAUAGUGAGUGUUUUCAUCUUCGCUUGCUUCUUUAUAAUGUUCGAGGUCCAACUUCUUUUGAAGAUAUUAAAACAGUCUUGGGAAAAAUUCAUCCAACAUUCAAAGCUGCUUGCAAGGUUUUAGGUCUUUUGGAAGAUGAUGUUCAUUGGGAGGACGCAUUAAGAGAAGCUGCUUUAUGUAACAGUUCAAAAAAAUUGAGAGAAUUGUUUGCUAUCAUGGUAGUAUUCUGUGACUUAAGUGAUCCUACAGAUUUAUGGCUCAAGUUUCGUGAUUCACUUGCAGAAGACUAUUUCAGAGAUGCGCAAAGAUCAAUUUUAAGUACCACUUUUGAGAAUGCUCCUCACCUAUAUGGUUUGUGCUUGGCAAAUAUAGAAGAGGUAACUAUGCGAAUUGGACAUAAGACUCUAAAUGACUGUCAUCUUCCUUCACCAUCUGUAACGUGUCAGCAGGGGAAUGCAGAUUUUAUUAGAGAGACGAGUACGAGUUAUAAUGUAAGUGAGCUUUUGUCAUUUGUAAGUGAAAACGAGCCUAAACUUUCAAAUGAACAAAUCGCUGUGUAUGAGAGUGUACUCUUUAGCAUUAAUUCUGAUUCAUCGCAAAUGUUUUUCCUUGAUGCUCCUGGUGGAACUGAAAAAACAUUUUUAAUAAAACUGAUUCUUGCUAAAGUUCGAAGUCAAGGUAAAAUUGCUAUUGCUGUUGCGUCUUCAGGAAUCGCAGCCACACUUCUUCCUGGUGGACGAACUGCGCAUUCCAUGUUCAAAAUACCCAUUAACAUUGAACAAAUGGAAACUCCAGUAUGCUCUGUGUCUAGGAACUCUCCGGUGGCCGAAGUGCUUAAGGAAUGUGCUCUUAUUGUAUGGGAUGAAUGCACAAUGGCUCACAAAAAGAGCAUUGAAGCAUUAGACCGUACUCUUAAGGAUAUUCGUUGCAACACUUCUGACAUGGGAGGUUUAACGAUAUUGUUUUCUGGCGAUUUUCGUCAAACCCUUCCAGUAAUCACUAGAGGAACAAGAGCAGAUGAAAUUAAUGCAUGUAUUAAAAAAUCUUUUAUUUGGACAAAAAUAAGUCGCGUUUCUCUCUCAACUAAUAUGAGAGUACAACUUCAAGGAGAGCAAGAGGCUCAACAAUUUUCUGAUCUUUUGUUGAAAAUUGGCCAAGGGGAUGUAGAAGAUAACAAUGGAUUUAUCGAUGUGCCCUCAUCUCUUUGUACUACAGUUACAUCUCAGGAAGAAUUAAUUAACAACGUAUUUCCACCUACGAAUGAACAAGCAGCUCUUAUUAAUAAAAAAAUAUUGUCUUCUUUUGAGGCGGAAGAAAGAAAAUAUCUUUCAAUAAACACACCUAUGAAUGGUGACAACUUCAUUCAUUGCCCUGUAGAAUUGUUGGAAUCAGUAAUUGCUCCAGGGCUGCCAGCUCACGAGUUAAUUAUCAAAAUCGGAGCACCGAUAAUGCUUCUGAGAAAUAUUAAUCCUCCCAAGUUGUGUAAUGGCACACGUCUUAGAGUAAAGGCUUUGCACAGAUUUGUAAUAGAGACUGACAUUCUAACAGGUUGUGCAGCUGGAGAAAGUGUUUUUAUACCGCGUAUUCCUCUUAUACCCAGUAAUUAUCCAUUCGAGUUCAAACGUUUACAGUUUCCAAUUAGCAUUUGUUUCGCUAUGACAGUUAAUAAAUCUCAAGGACAGACGUUAUCAACAGCAGGAAUUGAUGUUAGUACGGUUGAAUGUUUCUCACACGGGCAAUUUUAUGUAGCAUGUUCAAGAGUUUCAUACUUGCACAUUUUCUAA